UAUCGUGUUGCAUGUUUCUCCUAAAAGGUUCAGUUCAUAUUUCUCUUCUCUACGUGCUGUUGCUGUGGAUUUGAAAAUUACAAAUUUCAAUGGACUAAUGAAACUACGAAACUUUUAAUAGAAGAAGUUAGAAGCCGUAUGGCAUUAUUGGAUAAAAAGAAUUGUAUGCGAAAAAGAAUAUGGAGAAUAAUAGCAAAUAAGUUCAAUCAAAGAGGAUAUAACAUAACAGAGGAACAAUGUGAUGUUAAAUGGAAGAAUUUGAAGCAAAAAUAUAGAAGCAUUCGAGAUCGUAAUAAUCAAACUGGUACAGCUAGAGAAUGCUGGGAAUAUUUUGAUAUAAUUGAUGAUUUCAUUAACAUCAAACCCGAAGUAGCACCUGCAUCGAUUGCUUCUAGUUCACAUGGAUUUAGGAUAAGGCAAUCAAGUCCACAUACAGACCAAAGUGAGGAUCCUAACGAUGAAAAUAAGCAAUCAACACUUCUUAUGGUAGAAUACGUAAUAGAAGACAACGCCGAGCAAGUGAUGGACCUACAUGGGCCAAAGUGUUACACGAACAAAGACAGAAACAUCAUAACGAAAACAUAAAAAUGCAAAAGGAAUUUUUGGAAUUAUUCAAAAAAUACGUAGA